GUCAAAAUGGAUGAAGAACUGCAGGAUUACGAGAAGGGGCAUAUAAAAAAACUGCAGGAGCAGCGCAUGGUUAUGCAAAAGAAGACCUUCACCAACUGGAUGAACAAUAUCUACAGAGAGAAUGGUUGCAACCUUAUUACUGAUAUCUACACAGACCUGCAAGAUGGACUAUACCUGCUCUUACUUUUGGAGUUAAUUUCAGGGGAGCAGCUGCCUAGACCUGCACGGGGCAAGAUGAGAGUCCAUUUCUUGGAAAAUAACAGCAAAGCUCUGACUUUCUUAAAAUCCAAGGUGCCUGUAAAGCUGAUUGGUCCAGAGAACAUUGUUGAUGGAGAUCGUACAUUAAUAUUGGGGCUUAUCUGGAUUAUUAUUCUUCGAUUUCAGAUUUCUAACAUUACCUUGGACAAGGAUGAAUUUGGAGCCAGUGCUGCAGUGCUAUCAGCUAAGGAAGCUCUGUUGGUCUGGUGUCAGCGCAAAACUGCUGGAUACUCCAAUGUGGAUGUACAGGAUUUCUCCGGCAGUUGGCGGGAUGGUCUUGCAUUUAACGCUCUUAUUCACGCACACAGACCAGACCUCAUUGACUACGACUCUCUGACUCGUUCUAAGCCCCUGUAUAAUUUAAACAACGCCUUUGACGUGGCAGACACAAAAUUGGGGAUCUCCAAGCUUUUGGAUGCAGAAGAUGUGGUCGUCCCACACCCAGAUGAAAGGUCCAUAAUGACAUACAUUUCUCUAUAUUAUCACUACUUCUCCAAGAUGAGACAGGGCCAGACCGUACAGAAGAGGGUCAACAAUAUUAUGUCCUUGCUUCUUGAAAUUGAAAAUCUGAAAAACCAAUACGAGUCCAUGGUGUCAAACCUGCUCCAAUGGAUACAGCAGAAAGUAGUGGAAAUGAAUGACCGUCACUUUCCCAAUUCCAUAACUGGAAUGAAGCAGCUAAUGACGGACUUCAAAACAUUCCGCACAGUAGAGAAGCCACCCAAAUACCAAGAGAGAGGCUUAAUAGAGGCACAUUUCUUUAAAAUCCGAACCAUACUUCAUGGCAAUAAUCUACGUCCAUAUUUCCCACCGGAUGGGAAGUCACUUAUUGAUGUGGAAAAGUACUGGGAUAUUCUUGAAAAGGCAGAAUACCAGCGAGAGAAAGCACUACAAGCAGAGAUGCUCCGACUGGAACGGUUGGAGCAUCUAGCUCAGAUGUUCCAUAAAAAGGCCUCUCUCAGGGAGACUUACCUUCAGGAUAUGAAGCAGGUCAUUGAGCACCAGGACUUCCGCCCCAACAACACCACUCAAGUGGAGGCUGCCAUUAAAAAGUUAGAAGCUAUUGAAGCUGACGUGUUACCACGUGAACAGCGUUUCAGGACACUGGCAGAUAUGGCUGUUGUUUUAGAGAAAGAGAACUACCACAAAAAGCCAGAGAUUUUGAAAAAGCAACAGGAACUGUCAUUGGGGUGGAAAGACCUUAUUGAACUACUAAGCAAACAAAAAGUUUUACUAGAAGAGAAGAGGCACGUGCUGAUUCUUCUCCGGGACAUUGAUAGUGUUGUUGAAGAAUUAAAAUCCAUGCAGGAAUUACUUGGGUCUAAGGACUAUGGGAAACAGCUGCCUGAGGUGGAGGACCUAUUGCAAAAGCACACUUUAUAUGAAUCCCAGAUUGCAUCUUAUGGAGAAAGGGUAAAGCAGAAUUUAAUGAGGGCAGAAGAGAUUCCUGUUGGUAAAGCAACUAGUGUUGAUGUCCUUCAGACCAAGGUGAACAACCUACAACAGCUAUAUCAGAGCUUGUUAUCUCUCAGCAAAUCUCGCCGAUCUCGACUUGAAGAGACCUUAAAGCUCUAUGAGUUUUUCCGUGACUGUGGGGAGGUAGAGGCAUGGAUUAAUGAGAAAUGGCAGGUGUUGGGUUUGGCAAGCCCUGAAAGAGACAUCAGUCAUAUCACGGCAUCUAUCCAGAAGCAGAAGGCUUUGGAAGCAGAGAUAUAUUCUCGGCAGCCAAUUUUGGCAAAAGUGGUGAGAAAUGGCAAGGAGCUUUGUCUGCAAAGCCACACUGACCAAGGGGAAAUCCAAAAAAGAAUGGACAACCUUCAAACACAAUGGCACCGUUUACAGGAAGAAGUGAAAAACAGCAAGUUUCGUCUUGAGGUGGCAGCACUCAUUAAACAGUACUUUGCUGACGCUGAUGAAGCUGAUUCAUGGCUAAGAGAGCGCUUUCCACUUCUUAGCAAUGAAGACUAUGGCAAGGAUGAGUCCAGCGCUGAAGCAAUGCUACAACGACACUUGCGCCUUGAGAAGGAGAUUGCUGCCUAUGCAAUGGAAGUGAGGCGUCUUGGAGACCAAGCUCAAUCUGUGGCAAGCAAGGCACCCCUCAUUCAGCAGAAAAAGAAACCAGUCAUUGUAAUAAUGACCCAAGAGACGAGUCGGCCAUUGAAGAGAAGCUAUGCACCUCAGACUAACAUACAGACUGAGGAUCCCAAACAUGACCCUCACAUGGAUCCAGAAAAAAUUUGGACUUCCCAAAAGCAGAUAGAAUCAUCCUAUGAAAACCUUCAAGCACUGGCAAAGAAAAGGAGAAAGGCCUUGGAAGAAAUGGUCCGGCUUUACCAAUUCUACAGUUCUUGUGGGGAGUUCCAGUCCUGGAUUGAUGAUAAGGAAAAGCUUUUUCAGACAUUUCAGCCCAACCCUGAGAAUGUAGAGGUCAUGCAGCAAAAAUAUGAGAAUCUUCUGACGGACCUUGCAGCUGGAAAAGCUCGCCAUGAUGAAAUCAAUGACUUAGCAGAGGACUUGGUUAAAAUGGCUCCCAGCAAGAAAAAUGAGAUCCGCUCCCACCAGAAAGAUAUCGACAAUAGCUGGAAUCAUUUGGAAAUUGUGAAGGAGCAGAAGGGCGCUGAGCUGAUUGACUUAGCUGAUGUAAAGACUUUACUGCAGAACUGUCAGAACACAGAGGCGCUCAUUCAGGAAAAAUUAAAAGAAUUGGAGAGUGCAGAUCCAGAGAAUACAACUGGAAAUCUCGACACAGAGGAGCGCAAACUCAAGGGCCUUGAAAGAGAUAUCCAAAUACUGGAGAGAAAAAUUGAAUACCUUAAGAAUGUGGAGCAAUCCAUCAGAGACACAAACCCCCAAGAGAGCGAGGCCAUCAGGAAGCAGGUGGCAGAAAUGGAGAAUCAACUUUCAAGGUUGAAGCAGCAGGCGGAAGAGAAAAGAGUGAACCUGAAAAAGGCCAAAGACCAGAAGAUCUUCUUGCAAGACAGCCGAAGGCAAUUGCUUUGGGUGCAGGAUAUGAAAGAUAAGCUGGCCAGUGAGGAAAUGGGCUCUGAUGUGGCAUCUGCUGAGCAGCUACUUCGGGACCACCAAUACCUACUGAAAGAGAUUCAUGGAGAGAAAGACAGAAUCAUUGCACUUCAGCAGAUGGGUCAAGAAGCAUUACAGUAUGACUCCAGCAGCACCCCAGAUGUACGUGAUUCCUUAAUAACCCUUUCCAAGGAGUACAAUGCCCUCAGUGAUCUAUGGAUGAAAAAACACAAAAGGCUACAGCAAGGCUUGGAGCUUCAGCAAUUCAAUAAGGAAGCUGAUAGUAUUAAUGCAGCUCUUUCAAGCCAUGAAGCAUUUCUGCGAGUGAAUGAUCUUGGGGAUCAACUGGACACAGUUCAAAGUCUCCUACACAGGCAUGACCAGUUUGAGAAGUUGCUUGCCACUCUGAAGAAACGUGUGGAGAGUUUAGCAGCGAAUGGGGAAACACUAGUGCAGAAUGAGCACUUCGCCAGUGGCUUAAUAAAGCAGCGGGUAUCUGAUACAAAGGACAGGUUGAAAAACGUAAACCAUAAAAGUGACGAGAGACAGAAAAGCCUUGUGGAUUCAUUAAGGCUUCAGGAGUUCAACCGUGAUGCUACUGAAUUACUGAUCUGGAUGGAAGAAAAAUACAAAAUUGCAUUAGAUGAGUCUUAUAGGGACCCAACAAAUAUUCUCCGAAAGCUGAAGUGGCAUGAGGCUGCAGAGAAAGAAAUGGAGGCAAACCGAGUGUGCUAUGAGGGCUUACUAAAGGUUGGAAAUCAGCUGGUUGGAGAGGACCAUUAUGCUAAAGACACGAUAAAGAGGAAAUUGUUAGAAGUUACUCGGAAGUGGGAGGAUCUGAACAGAAAGAUGUCUGAACGAGGGGACAAGCUCAGGCAGGCUGGACAACAGGAGCAACUCAUGGAACUUCUACAGGAUGCUAAAGUAAAAAUUGAGAAGAUUGAAAAAGUGCUGCAAGCUCCAGAGUCCAGCCAUGACCUCCGAAGCAGCAGGGACCUGCUCAAAGCCCAUCGUCAGCUUGAGAAUGAGAGCCAGGAGCUGGCAGAUAAGAUGAAUUCGAUUGUUUCUGAUGCACAGAAAAUGGCUUCAAACCAUUUCAACUCACAAGGAAUUAUGGAUGAGACCAUGAAAUAUCUACGGAGGUUUGAAUCUUUGCAGGACCCCUUGGCAAAGAGACGGGAAUUCCUGCAAGCCAAAGUGAAUCAGUAUGAAUUUUAUCACUACUAUGACCUGGAGAUGAAAUGGAUUUCUGAAAAGAUGCCAAGUGCAAGUUCAACCAAUUACGGCAGGUCCUUGGAUGCAGCGCAGAGCUUGUUUCAAAAGCAUAAGGAGCUACAGGCAGAAAUAAAUGCUCACACACAACAACUGCAAAGAGUCCUCGAUAUGGGGAAGGUGCUGAUUGCAAGCAAUCACCCAGAAUCCCGAAACAUAACUGAGAAGAAUAAGGAGCUGCAGCAUUCCUGGUCUGAGCUUGAAAGGGCCUGUGAGGAACGAAUGAAGAGCCUUCAAAAGUCUAUCUCUCUUCAGCAGUUCCUUCUGGAUGUAUCCGACAUGGAGAACUGGAUUGUAGAAAAGCUCCCACUGGUGAAUGGCAAGGAUUUUGGCAAAGAAGAGGACGCCACCUUAAAACUCAUGAAGAAGCACAAGGACUUACAGCACGAGAUUGAUCUAUAUCAGAACCUUGCAUCAGAUCUGGAACGUACAGGGAAGUCCUUAUCUCUGCCUUCCUCUGUACAGUACGAUGAAGUAGAUGCUCCUGUGGGAAAAAUCAAUGUAAAAAUGCGAGACCUUCAGGAACGAGCUUCAGUAAGGUGGGGAAAGCUUGAGGAAUCUCUAGCACUGUAUGAAUAUCUCAGAGAAUCUGCAGAUCUGCAGUCAUGGAUCAACCGGCAGAGGCAGGUGGCUAGCUCUGAGGACAGUGGAAAUGACUAUGAGCAAGUCCUGCAUUUGCAGGCCAAGUUUAACACCUUCCAGCACCAGAUGGAGCCAGCUAGCCUGAGGAUGUCUGCAUGCCAGAGGAUCGCAGAUAGCUUGCUGGAUCGCGGACAUGCAGAAUCCAUGCUGAUUGUGCAGAAACAAAAGGAGCUCAGAGCCUCAUGGGAAGAACUUCAGCAGCUAACCAGAGAAAGAGGAAAGCGUCUGCAGGAUGCUGAGGCUGUGCAUAAAAGUUUCUGGGACCUCAAAGAAGCCCUGGCUCAUAUAGAGGAAAAAUCAAAAAGUGUUCCUGAUGACAUUGCCAAAGAGCUCAGUGGAGUCCAAUCCCAGCUACGUAAACAAGAAGCCCUGGAGCACGAGCUGUCUGGGAACGAACAGCAGCUUCAAGAAGUGAUUGAUGCAGCUGACGAGGCUCUGCCCCGUUGUACCACCAGCCAGAGAUUCCCUUUGCAACAGAAGCAAAAGGAAGUGGUGGAGAAGUGGGAAUUACUGAAGACCAAAGUAGAGAAACGGAGGACAGACCUGGAGCAAGCCUGCAAAUUAUACUUCUUCUUAACCAUGGUUCGUGAUUAUUUUUCCUGGGUUGCCGCAAUAUCACGUGAAAUGAUGGCUGAGGAGACCAUUCGUGGUGUUAUGGCUAGUACUGAAAACUUGAAAGCACACCAAGAUCUUAAGCAGCAAAUAGAUGCACACCAGGAGACCUAUAACCGUGCAGUGACCUUAGGACAAUCACUUCUACAGGAGAGAAAAGUCCCUGCAGCACAGAUCAAUGAAAAGCUCGAGGCACUUGUUGAAGAAAAUAAGAAACUCUACAAGCAAUGGGAUCAGAAGAGAAAGCUAUUAGAACAGGUCCACCAAGAACAGGUUUUUUACAGGGAUAUCGACCACGUGGAGAAGAUUCUAAAUUCCCAGGAGGUUUCUUUGAAAUCAAGUGACCUUGGGACAUCUGCAGGGGAAAUAGAACAACUGAUCAAAAAGCAUGAAGCAUUUGAAAAGCUAUUUGCAUCCCAAGAGGAAAAGGUGGUGUCCUUACAGGAUCAGGCUGCCAAGCUUCAAGACAGCAGCAGGAGGCCAGAGAGAGAGCAGAUACAGCAAAAACUAAGAUCUGUACUGGAGAGAAGGAGGAAAGUGAAAGAUCUCAGCCAGGCUCGGAAAGAAGAGUUGAAUACUGCACUGCUGCUUGCUCUCUUCUACCAAAACCUUACAGAAGCACAGUACUGGAUCAACGAGCGCAUGCAGAAACUGGAUGAUACCACUCACCAGCAAGGCCCCAUGGACCUGCAGAGCAAACUAAAGUUGCUUCAAAAGCAUCAGGUGUUUGAGGCGGAAAUCCUGGCUCAUGAGAAGAACAUCCAAGAUGUUACAGAGAAAGGAAACUCACUGCUGUCUCAGCACCACCCAAAGUCUACAGAGAUUCGCCAGAAGAGCCGAACACUGCAUGAAGAAUGGGAAAAACUUAAAAGGGCAGUAGCUGCUCGUGGUAAAAUGCUGGAGGACAACAGGGACUUUUUGGAAUUCCUACAAAAAGUUGACCAGGUGGAGGCUUGGAUCAGAGAGAAGGAAGUGAUGAUCAAUGUUGGUGAUGUGGGUGGAGAUUAUGAACAUUGUCUACAGCUAAUAAGAAAGCUGAAUGAGUUUCGGGGAGCAGGCUCUAGUGACAUGACUGUGGAUGAUGCGCAUAUAAAAGAUAUCAAUGCAUUAGCCACAAGACUCGAGAGACAAAAUAAAGAAGAGGUCAAGACAAUUUCCUUGAGGAGGCAACAAUUAAAUAAUAAAUGGAACAGUUUCCACGGGGACCUAAAUAAAUACCGCAAAGCUCUAGAGGGAGCACUAGAGGUUCACUCAUUGAUUCGUGAAAUUGAUGACGUUAAUGAGAGAAUAAGUGAAAAGAGUGUGCUUAUGCAGUCCCUUGAUUAUGGCAAAGACGUGGAGAGCGUUGAAAAUUUGAUCCGCAGACAUGAAGAAACUGAGAGAGACAUCAAGGUCAUUCAGGCUCAAAAAGAGCACUUGCAUCAAGAAGCCAACCGCCUGUCCAAAAAGAAUCCGUCAAUGAGCGAACGUCUGACCUUAAAGCAAAAAGAAAUGGCAGACAACUGGCAGAAGCUCCAGAUCCAAGCUCAGGAACGGAGGAAGAAACUGGACUCUUCUUACCAUUUACAAAGGUUUAACACAGAUUUGAGAGAGUUAAUGAACUGGAUGCAAAAACUGCAAGUCAUCAUUGAUGGUAGUGUUUUACCAAAACACCUCAAUGAAGUUGAAGCUAGAUUUGGUGAACAUCAGGAAAGAAAGGCUGAAAUAGAGGCAAGAGAAGAGAGGUACCAUUCUAUCAAGAGUUCUGGUGAGAAGCUGUGUAACUCAAGACAUUAUGCAAGUGAUGAUAUCCAACUUUCAUUAUCAAAAGCUGCAGAAGCCUGGAAUGAGCUAUUAAAAUCCUGGAGAGACAACAACCUGAGGCUGCGCCAGGCCCGGGAUUUGCAGAUCUUUUUUGGCCUGGUGGAUCAGAAUGAGAGUUGGCUAAACAGUAAAGAAGCUUUCCUGGCUAAUGAUGAUCUUGGGGACUCUGUGGCCAGUGUUGAGAACCUUCAGCGAAAACAUGAGAUAUUUGAGAAGGCCCUUGAUGCACAAAUGGAUAACAUUGAUGAAAUGGAGACAUUUGCCCGAGAGUUACAGGAGAACCAGCAUUAUGAUUCUGAGAACAUCGCCAAUAAAUGUCAGGCAGUCCUUGAGAGGAAGAAGAAGCUAUUGCAUACAGCCGAAUCCCACAAGAGGAAACUGGAGGAGUCCAGGCAACUGCAGAAAUUCCUAAGAAACUCAUAUGAGGUGGGGGCGUGGAUGCUGGGAAAAAACACUAUUGCCAUGGAUAACAGCUGGAGAGAUCCCAGCAAUCUGCAGGCCAAGUUGCAGAAGCACCAGACAUUCGAGGCAGAGAUCAAAGCGAACAGGAACCGCCUGGAUGACAUCAAAUCCGAUGGUGAAAAAAUGCUGCAAGAACAUCAUUACGCUUCUGAUAUAAUCUACACCCGACUGCAAGAAAUGGAAGAAUUGUGGGAAGAAUUGCUGGAGAAGUGCACAGAAAAGGCAGCCAAACUGCAAGAAGCAUACAAGGCGUUACAGUUUCAGCGGAGUUUAGAGGACAGUGAGAAAUGGCUGGACCAAGUGGAAGCCAAGCUUGAAGCUGCCAAUAAGGGUAAAGACUUGAUGACACUGGAAAAACUUGGAGAAUUGGAAGAGGACAUCACAAGUCAUGGGGAAAGGCUGCAAGUCCUCGCCAACAAGGCCCGUGAAUUUCGACAAGAGGGUCACUUCUUAGCAGAUGCAAUCGACGACAGAAUUCGGAUCAUAAUACAUAGGUACAAAAGCCUUGGUGAGCCUUUACAGGAAUGUAGGGCCACUUUGGAAGCCAAGAAGUUACUUGAUCAGUUUUUCCGGGAUGUUGAUGAUGAGCUUGCAUGGAUAAAAGAGAAAAUGCCCUUGGCCUCUUCCAAGGAAUGUGGCCAGUCACUGACAACAGCCCAGGCUUUGCUGGAAAAACACCAAAAUCUAGAAAAUGAGAUCAGCAGCCGAGAAACACUGACCAAAGCUGUGAUGGGCACUGGGCGUAAGCUUGUAAAAGGCAACCACUUUGCCAGCCAUGAGAUUGAGGAUCGUUUACAGCAGUUGGAAGUGGCUGCGGAGACUCUAAAAGCAGAAGCUGAACGGAGACGAAAAAGGUUAAAUCAAGCCUGUGAAGCCCAACAGUUCCUCACAGAGCUCUUAGAGGCUGAAGCUUGGUUGGCUGAGAGAGGCUUUGUAAUAAAAUCUACUGAUAAUGGAAAGAAUGAAGAAUCUACCCAAGCCCUGCUACGGAAGCUAGACACCACCCGACGGGAUCUUGAUGGCUUUGCUCACAGAAUUAAUAAAUUAAUAGACACUGGAAAAGGCCUGCAAAGUGACAGUGAUAAUCCAGAGAGUUCUACAGUGAUGCCGAAACUCAAGUCUGUGCUGGAUGAAUACAGCUCCCUGCUUGAAAAAGCUGAGGAUCGGAGGUCUCAACUAAUAGAGCAGCAUCAGCUUUUCCAGUUCAAGAAGGAGGCAGACCUGAUAGAGGCAUGGUUAGCCAGCAAAAGGGUGACUGCUAAAUCUGAUGAUCUGGGACAGGACUUAGAAGGCAUAAAGGUUUUAGAAAAGGAGUUUGAGGACUUUGUGAAGGAAAUUGAAAACCUUGGAAAGAACAAAGUGGUGAAUAUAAUUGCACUGGCUUCCAGCUUGCUGAAAACUCCACAUAGCCAGGAACAUGGAAUUAAGAAGAGGACUGAGGAGGUUAAAACUGCUUGGGAUGACCUGUGCUCUGCCAUCCAACACAGGGCCAAGGUUCUGGCAACAGCUCACCAAGUCCACGAAUUUGAUCACGAGGUUGAUGAAUUGAUGAGCUGGAUACAGGAGAAAGGAGUAGCUGUUAAUUCUGAUGACUAUGGAUACGAUCUCCCCGGAGUACAGGCCUUGCUCAACCAACAUGAGGUUUUCGAGGGGGAUUUAGCGGCCAUUAAGAAAGAAGUGGAAAGAACAAUGACUAGAGGACAGUUUAUUUCCCAGCUGCAUCCUCCCGUACAAAAGAAUGUAGCAGAAAGAUUGGCGGAUGUCAAUCAGAGUUGGGGAAACCUGUACCGUAAGUCUCAGGACAGGAAAGAGAAACUGAGCCAAGCAGAACAGGCGCAGAUGUAUUUUGAUGACUGUGGAGAGCUUAUGGUGUGGGCAAAGGAGAUGCAAGCUCUGGUGGUAUCAGAGGAACUGGCAAAUGAUGUUUCUGGAGCUGAACAAAUGAUUAAACGUCACACUGAAUAUAAGCGAGAAAUUGACAAGCACUGGGUGAAAUAUGAGGAAUUGCAAAGGACAGGAGAGGCUCUUGUACAGAAUAAGCACUUCAUGUCUAUGGAGAUUGCAGAAAAAGUCAAUGAGGUGUCUGAGCUGAUGAACAAACUAUCUGAGAGCUGGCAGAAACGAAAGGAGAUAAAUGAAGAGAAUCUGGAGAUCCAGAUACUGAGGCGAGACCUAGAGCAAGCUGAUGGAUGGCUUAAUACUCGGGAACCAUAUCUUCUGGAUCAAAAUUAUGGGGACUCCAUCUCUAUAGUUGAACAGCUUCUGAAGAAGCAGGAAGACUUUGAGAAGAUGCUAGCAGCUCAAGACGAAAAGUUCACUCUCCUCAAAAGGAAAACCAAAAUGGAACAAAACUUGAGGCAAAUUGAUAUAGGAGAAAAAGAUCUAAAGAAACAAGAGCCCGGCUUUCUACGGGUUCCGUCACUGAAGAGAAAACCUUCAGACAGAAAAGCAUUUGCUCCCAAACUUUCUGAUCGGGGAAGCAUAAAAGGUUUGGGACAUACCGGUGGCUCAGUAAGAUCUACAGUGGACACUACAAACGGCCCUUUCCAGAUAUCAAAAGAAAGUACAGGCAUCCCUGCUUUGUUGGAUAACUUGAAUUUAAAAGCCAAAAUCGUGGAACUGCCGAAAACAGAUGAGGCUAAUAAUCAAGAACAGAAAGCUGCCACUUUGAAUCUGGGCAGUUCCCAAUUUUCAUCUCUAGAGAUAAGUAGUCCUUUGAGUCCAUCUCUACUGCCAAAUGCAAUGUACCAGCAAACUUCUGUAAUCAAAUUAGAUCAUUUCCCAAUUCCUGCCUUACCAGAGAGGAGUCAAAGUGAUACCUACUCACUCACUAUGCCGGCAACUAAGGCACAGCCUCUGACUGAACUCAAUGUGGACUCAUUAAAAAUAUCAUCUCCAGUCAUUCCAGAAGCUCAUCCAAUAGUAGCAGAGAACACAGGAUACAAGGUUUCAAGUGCCUCAUAUGACAGAACUAUAAAUGGAUUCAUGGAAACAAGAUGCAAGUUUCUACCAGGUGGAAAGGAAAAUGUGGCCAAUUUCUGGAAUUCCUACUAUGUCACGCUGCGAGGGGAGACUCUGAGCUUUUAUAAUGCAAAGCGGGAUGAAGCCAAGAAUGAAACAGCAAUGCCUUCCGUCUGUGUGAGAGGCGCUCACUGCGAGAGGAUGGGGGAUAUAGCUGACAAAGCAAAUAUCUUCAUUGUGAGGGCCUCAGAUGGGUCUGAAUACCAGUUUUCAGCUCCUUCGCACAGAAAGAUGGACGUUUGGAUCCAGGCAAUUGAAGGGAAAGCUGAAGAUUCUGAUAUUCAGAAGAAAUUCACAUCUUCCUACACUCCAACUGAUGAAAUUCAAAGUCCAAGGACGUUAUCCUUCCAGCCAGCUACAAAUGGGACAGUGUUCUCUCCCAGCAGAGUUGUUUUGAGCCCAGAGACAAGCAAUAUGGGAAGUACAUUCAGCGCAGACCUUGCCGUGACAGAAGAGAAACCAAAAAAGGAGAAAAACACUUUUAAAAAGUUCUUUCACAUGAAAUAAGUGUAAGCUCUGAUGGAAAGGCUGAGGCCCAAGCUAAACUCAGACUGAGACUACAGCAGUGACACCAGUCAUCUCUCUUAUGUCUGCGGCUACUUGUAAUUUAAAAUAAUGAAAAUGAGCGAUUAAAGCCAAACUUGGGGAGUAGCAUAUACACCCAUCUAGAAAUCACAUUUAUACAACAGGGCUGAAUCCUAAAUUAUCAGUAUAUGAAUGCAGUGCCCACUAUAGUAUUUUCAUUCUUCUUCACCCCCAAUGAAAUUCUUGAAAUUCAUGAAUACGAUGCACACUAGAUUUAUUGUGUAAUCUUGCUAUGGACACUCCACUUUAUUACAGUAAAAAUCAUAAACAUAUUUAUUCAGUAAUAAAAUAUUAUAAAGAAAAAAAAAACAUUUUUUAUUGCUGUAUGAGUUAUACAGUAUCUUAAAGUAAAGUAUGGAGCAACUUUACCCACUGACAACCUCUACCUCUCAGCCACCGCUAUGGCACAUCUACAAUAGAGGACCACUAUACUUUCAUUAUUUCCCCUGUGAAUUUGUGUAGGGGAAUUUAAAUAGGUGAAUGUAUAUUUAUUUGACUUUUGUAGGAGUUAGUGGUUCAUUUAUGAGCUUUAGCCAUGCUUAAGCAGCCAUUGUUUCUAUGGCUGGGUAACCAGAUGCUAUAUAUAAUACACAUACAUAUGUGUAUAUUUACUAUAUAUACAAAAUCCAUCAAUAUCUUGUAAAUUAUAUCCUUAUAAUACACAAAAGCUAUGAAUAUCUUGUA